AUGGCGGAAGAAAAACUAGUAGAAUGUUUGAAAUUAGAUGAUGUGGCUUCUAGGAAAAAAGAUAAAAUAAUCACGUGGAACGAAAAAGAAGGCAUAGUAUUUUGUAAAUAUAAACGUAAAUCUAAAAGUAAAGGAUGGAAUGGUUUAGGGAUACAUUAUACGAUAGAUGAAUCAAAAACGAAUAAUGAUUUUGAUUCUCCUUGGUUAAAGAAGUGCGCAGGAUGUUAUAAAAAUAUUUCUAGAAAUAGAGAGGACGAUGUUUGUUUAAUACCUUGUAAUAUUGGAGAUGAAUUAAGAAGUGUGAAACCAUUUGAAAGUCUGUCUGAUAUCAUCGAUAAAAAUAAUAUUUUAAUUACUAAGAAAUAUAAAGAAUUAAAUGAAGAUACAAAAAUGGAAGAUGUAAGGGAAGCUGAAUUUUUGCUUUGGUUAAAUUAUAUAUGUGUAAAUAAAGAAAAUUUCGUUUGGGAAAAUUUCGAUGAGUUAGUUAAUAAAUGGAGCGAUAUCGAUAAAGUAACGAUUACGGCAAUGUCAAUAUUUAAAUAUAAUAACAAUAUAGAAGGAAACAGAUAUAAGAAAAUUUUUAAUACAAAUUUAAAAUUUAGUAUUAACGAAGAUAUGAAUGAAAUGAAAAGAAUUUUAAUCACAUUAAUUAUCACUAUAGGAUUAUUGCCAGAUGAUAAGUACGUCAACAUCGAAAUUAAUAAAAAAUUUAUUAUAGAAUUAGAAAUAUUUAAGAAUGAGACAAGUAAUAGGAGAAAGAUAGAUUACAAAAACUAUACUUUAUUAAAGUUUUUACAUCAGAUAAUAUCGGAAAAAAAAUUACAAGUUAAUUGGAGCCAUAAUGAUUUCGAAGAUAUAUCAGAUUUUAAUGUGAAAAUCGAAGGAAUGAAAAAGGAACUUAUGAAAAAUGCAUCUUCGAUGUUAGACAUUGGAAUUAUCUGGAGUAAUAUAUUAGUUGAUGAGUAUAAUCUGCGUUGGAAUAAUUUUAUAAUUGAAGGUUGCUAUAGAAAAUGGGCCAAAGAUCUUAGUUAUCUUAACAAUAAGGCAGAAAUGAUGCUAUUAAAGCAAUUAGAACAAUUAUUUGUUAUUAAUAUAAGUUUCGAUAUUAAUUGGCAAAUUUCGUUUAUGCUAAUUCGUAACGAAAUUAAAGUACUAAAUUCAUCAACUAGUGCGAUGGAUACUCAAACUAGAGUUUUUAGAAUUAAAAAUUUCAUUCAAUCGUUACCAACUUACGAUGUUUUGUAUCAAAGGAGAGUUUAAGGGGUUUCAUCAAAUAAAUGUGUAAAUGAAGUGGAAACAUGUGUUUUAUUUGAUUUAUGGAAAGAAGCAGUUAACGUUUUUACAGAAAAUGGGGAUGGACGGAGGCAAUUUUAUGAUUUGGUCACGCUAAAAUUAAGAUUGUUUCCGUUAGAAAAUUUAUUAUAUGAGAUUACGCAUGGGAUAAUUAAUUUUAAAAUUUGAAAGUAUAAACAUUGUAAGGUUGAGGAUACAAGGUUGUUGAUGAUUCAGUGAUCUAUA